AUGGAAAUAUUACUUGCUGCAGGCGCUGUUGGCUUAGCUGGCUAUGCAUUGGGUAAACGAAGAGAACGUCAUCAAGUAGAAAAUGGUUUUGUAACAUUCCACGGAAAUGGAAGUGGUAAACCAGAAUACGGUAAUGUUCACUAUGGUCGUGAAGCUCGCAAUUAUCAACGUGAACAUCGACACCAAAGUCAUAGUCAUAGUCACCACCAAAGUUAUCGUCCAGCUCCAACAGCCACUACUGCUCAACUAUAUUAA